UGUGACGUAGGAGGAAGGAGACGCCAUUAGAGGGAGGUGGAGAGGGAGCGCUCUUUGCCUUUCCUCCGGUGCCUGACGUGGUGGCUAAGGCCCUUCAUUCUUGGACUUUCUCUCGGUCCUUCCAGGCCUCGCCCGAGGACAGAGAGGAGCCAGCGCCGGGUCGGCGGGCCGUUGGCAGGGCGCGGAGUCGGCCGCGGCCGUGAAGGCGCUGCCGCGGCUGUGGGGAGCUCGGCGCAGUUCUCGUGCUCGGGCUGCCGGGAAGCGGCGGGAUGGCUGCGGCCGGCGGCGGAGCGGCGGCGGGCCGAGCUUACUCGUUCAAGGUGGUGCUGCUCGGGGAAGGCUGCGUGGGAAAGACGUCGCUGGUGCUGCGCUACUGCGAGAACAAGUUCAACGACAAGCACAUCACCACUCUGCAGGCAUCUUUCUUAACAAAGAAGUUAAAUAUUGGUGGGAAAAGAGUAAACCUUGCCAUAUGGGAUACAGCAGGUCAAGAAAGAUUCCAUGCAUUGGGUCCAAUUUACUACAGAGAUUCAAAUGGAGCAAUUUUAGUUUAUGAUAUAACAGAUGAAGAUUCUUUUCAAAAGGUAAAAAACUGGGUCAAAGAAUUACGGAAAAUGUUGGGAAAUGAAAUCUGUUUAUGUAUAGUUGGUAAUAAAAUAGACUUGGAAAAGGAGAGACAUGUUUCCAUUCAAGAGGCAGAAUCGUAUGCAGAAUCUGUAGGAGCAAAACAUUAUCAUACUUCAGCCAAACAAAACAAAGGAAUUGAGGAACUCUUUCUUGACCUUUGUAAAAGGAUGAUAGAAACGGCACAGGUGGAUGAGAGGGCAAAAGGCAAUGGCUCCAGUCAACCAGGAGCUGCAAGGCGAGGUGUACAGAUUAUUGAUGAUGAGCCUCAAGCCCAGAGCAGUGGUGGAGGAUGCUGUUCUUCUGGAUAACCAUUCAAGCCUAAGAAAUUAAAAAACAAAACAAAACUGUGGAUCAUUGCCCUCAACAUGAAGACUGCCAUAUUCCAAGUCACAUUAUUUUACCAAUGGAGUUAUAGAAUUAACAGUAUUUUAAAUUACAUUUAUAACACUGCAGAGACCUUAAGUGCUAUACUUAGUGGAGUUUGUGACCAGAGAAUUGGCAUUUUCUACAAAUGUUAACAAAGCAAUUACCAAUGGCCUUUUUACAUAUUUUUUUCUUUAAUGAGGAAUAAUAUGCAUGUAGAAAAGACCUACUUAAAGGCUUCAUUUAUAUUCUUUUAAAUCAGAUCUUUAUUUAAUAACUUAUAUAUGUUGUUGGAAUGAUAUACAUUUUUGCAGCCCUUUGUAUUUUGUGGUAGUUUGAAUUGUAUCACUUCUAAACAGCAAACUGUUUUUGUUUUUGUUUUUGAUUAGCAGAUACCUGAAGUACUAUUUUUGCAGGGUUUGCACAGGCCCCUAACUGUCUACUACUUUGAUAUAAUCUAUAYACAUCCUGUAUGCUGAGCUGGUAAAAUACGUUGUAAAUUACAUAUUAAAUAUUUUAUCUGCUUUUACAAGCGCAAGGUGCAAAAAUAUUUACAGUAGUCUCAUUGAUGACCGUAAAGUGAAUUAACAUUUGGUGAUAAUGCCUAAGCUUUUUGACUGAUACAAAGAUCAUCACUCCCUUUCACUUUUGUCUUAACUUAAAAGUGGCGUGUUUAAAUUUUCACACAUAUUUUACUUGAAUUAUUGCUGUUGUCACAUUUUUUGCCUUUCUAAGUCCAUCUGAUGAUUGAACAGCAGCAUUUGCCUUUUGGUUUGGAUUUUGGUUUUGUUUUAGAGUUUUUUUGUGUGUGUGCGUACGUGUGUGUGUGUGUGUGUGUGUAUCAGAGUAUGUUGUUAGUUUUUUUUAAUAAAAAGAGAUGACUUCUGCUGAUUUUUGCUUUACAAUGGUUACCUUAGAAGAAUUUGAGUGGAGCAUGCUGAGUUUCACUUCUGCAACAACUUUAGAUUUCUUAGGCUUUAUAUAAGCUGGGUUCACUGGCAUGAGAAAAGAGGAAGAGGUCCCAGAUUGUAACCACUCACGAAGACUCAUUCAUAUAGCAUGUUAGUGGUAUUUAUGCUCCUGAGGCAGCACUUGUGAGCAAGUCUGUUUGUUCAUUGCUUGUCAGAGAUGAACACAGAACAUUCUGUUCAUUUUAUAAGAGCUAUCCUGAGCUUCUGUAGAGGGAAGCAUUUCAUGUAAUGCAGUUACAGCAGACACUGGAAAGAUUUAUUAUAAAAUUAUAUUCUUGUAUACUUUGUAAAUUAGUCCCUCAUUAGACUGCUUUCUUUUAGCAUAGGACUGAACUUAAAUUUGUUAAUUUUAAUAGAAUCAGGUGCUGCUCACAGAAGGAACACAGAUUGUAGAAAUUAACAUGAAUUGUUCUUGUUCUAAUAUAUAUAUAUUUUUCCAUUUCUGUCAUGCUUGGAAAACUAGUAAAUGUUAUGUCUAAGUUAAAAUGGAAUGGUCCUUGGAUUUACUUAUAAGAAGCAGAGUAUACAAUAAAGCUGUUAGCAUGAGCGAUUAAGAGGAUAUAUGGGGUUAUAGUUACUGAAGAAGUACUAUCAUAUUUUUAAGUUAACAGCUUAAACCUUUUCAAAUGGGUUAAAAGUUGAAAUGACUUGACACCUUGAUGUUGUGAUGUUAGAAUUUUAUCGUAGUAUUAAAUGUUCUUUAAGCCCUCACUUAACAUUCUUUAUUGUCCUUGCCAAACUCAGCAUACUGACCUCUUAUGUUAUGUGUUUGAGGAUGGUGGGAGUGGGAAGAGUUGGAGAUAAGUUAAAAUUGUCUCCUUUUAUGGGAUGAUUAUGCUCUGUAUAAUCUCUUGGUUUCCUGUGAAGUCAGUAUUUAUUCAGGGAUGGAAGAGGCAGUGGGAAUCUUGAGUCUCCCAUGAAAGUUAUGUUUUUGCCCUUUUGGCUCUUUUAGAGGGAGUAAAGAAAGUUUUGCUGUUCCUACUUUUAAGAUGAUAAAUAAGCUUUUCUUAUUGGAGUGCAAUGUGUUUUGUAAACUAGAGGUGAAAUUCAGCUUUAUUCCAAAAGUUAGUUUUAAAACCUGAUAAUUGGACAACUGUACUUCUAUUUUUUACCCUCUUUAUUAUUAAAUUCCAGAUUGGAAUAAUAAAUGGGAAUUUAAAUUAAAUUUAUUAUUAAAUUUAUCUAGUUGCCAAAUUAUUGGUAGGGCAUAACUAUUUUCCAUAUUUUUUCCCUUACCUUUCCAUGAUUUUUGUGUAUUUUUCUUAACCUCAAGUAUUUUGCCCACCCCUCUCUUCCUGUGUGUGUCUGUCUCCCCCUCCCCGCCCCCCCCCAAACUUGUAAUUCAGGUUAAUUUAAUAGCAACAAUAGGUAGUAGGUUAUUUCUGUUGCUUUGAAUAUCAAAAGGUCUUUAAGGUAGGUAUAAGGUGAAGGAGUGAUGAAAUUGGAUCAGUCAGCUGCAGUAUGUAUAAAAGGAAAGAAAAAGAGAGGAUAAACCCCAAGCUAGGAAGUUUUUCUGAUACUUUCUUCAUUUCUAUGUAUCUUUUAUGUUCCUAUCCUAAUAAUUGUGCUAUUAGGAAGAAAACACAAGUUAUGAUGUUGUAUGUUAAAAAGUAUAGGUAGGUAGAACAAAUAUAUUUUGAACUAAUAAGUUGAAAAAUUGGUUUUAGGAUAGUCAUUAAAAAUUCUCGAGUGCUUAAUAUUAUGUUAAAAGUAUAUAGUUAUUGUUUCUCUAAUGAUGGUGGGUAUUCUGCUUCUUGUUUUGCUUUCUGAUUACAYGGGAAGGUUAUUUUUAAAAAUGUAUAUUGCAACAAUUUGGGAUAACAUUAACCUGAAAAGAACAAAACAUUAUGUUAUUGUAUGAAAUAUGAAUGUUUGAAUUUGUUUUGUCUGGAGUAUCUCCUGAGACUACCUAUUAAUAGAAGUUAUUAAUGGGGUUCUUUUUCUUUGGCAUUAAUUAAAGAAUGAUAUUUUCAUCUUUAGGUUUCUAGUAAUACAAAGUAAAAUUGAGGAAAUGGGAAAAGAAGGUAGUGAAGAAUGGAAUGGAAAUCAAGUAGAUAUUAAACUCUACAACCUGACAUUUUAAAAAUCACUUUGAAAAAUACAUUGCUUUUCUCAAAUAGUUUCUAAAUAAUGCAAGAGAGUCAUUGUGCCAAAUAUUUGAAGGAUUUUUAAAAGGUAGAUUAUGAUACUGUGUUUCUUUUAACAUAUAAUUUGCAAUUUUCUGUAAUAUAAGUGCUAUUGGGAGUCUAGAUCAUUGCUCGUCUCUAUUACCUCCAUAUAAUAUAAUUUGCCCAUAAUAUAAAUUACCUCUAGAGGUAGUUUGUUCUGUGCUUUUAACAUUCAGAUUUUAUCUUCUGUUCAUUAUUUGAACUUUUCAUGGUUUUCUUUGUAGAUAAAGUGUGACAAGGAAUACA